AGCAUUUUUUUUGCGUUUUUUGUUUCUGGUAUUGCAGCACGCGGAAUAUAAAGGUAAGAGUUACCAAGUACACUCGAGGUCAACCACAAGAACGUCAGAUUCCGUCGCACGAGCAUUCCAUUGUACCUCUGCCUCUUCCUCGCGCUCUGCCCUCUUUAUUGGGUCACAACACACAGCCGUUUUGCCCUCGCAAAUGAAUCAAGACUACGGCGCUGCGAUGGCGCAGAAGCAGUGGUACGGCAGGCCAACAGACUACCCACAGCAACCGCCUCCGCCGCCGCAGCAGUCCCAACCGCCUCAGCAACCGCAACAACCGCAGCUUCCACCGCAGGUCUCCCGGCAGGAUCCCAGCCAGUAUCCCGACGUGGUUCGGGAGAUGCUGAUGCAGAUUCAGAACUUGUACCGCCCAGAAACGCGUGAAAAGGCCAUUCUCACCUUGUCGAAGAAGCGUGAGAAGUUUAACCUGCUCGGCCCGACGCUGUGGUACAGCGUGGGUGUGAUGGCGAUCUUUCUGCAGGAGAUCGUGUCCAUGUACCCGCUACUCAACGCCCCCUCAUCCGCCCCGGUGAAGCCGAUCAUUAACCGGGUGAGUAGUGUGUUGACGCUACUGCAAGUCAUCGCGCAGCACGACGCGUCACGCCGGCCCUUCAUGGAGUCCAACAUCUGCCUCUUUCUGUACCCGUUUCUGCGCGCCACCCCGGCGGAGCGCUCUGAGGUUCUGCUGCUCACCUCGUUAGGCGUCAUCGGCGCGCUGGUCAAGGCCGAUGACCCCGCCAUCAUUUCGUACCUCCUCAACACGGAGAUCUUCCCCAUUUGCCUGAAGAUUAUGGAGCAGGCGAUCGAAAUAUCCAAGAUCAUCUCCACCUUUAUCAUCCAGAAGCUGCUUAUGUCGGAGCAGGGGCUCAGCUACGCCUGCCAGAACCCCAACCGCUUUACUGCCGUCGCGGAUGUGCUGCACAAGAUGGUGGCCGAGAAAGGGCCUCAGGGCGAGCACGUGUGCGGCGCCCGUCUGUUGAAGCACAUCAUCCGCUGUUAUCUCCGCCUCUCCGAGAAUGAGCGCGCUCGCGAGGCGCUGCCGAAGAUUCUGCCGGAGGAGCUGCGCAGCACCACCUUUCAGGAAUACCUGGACGAAGACCCGAACAUGCGGAAGUGGCUUCUCCAGCUGCUUGUCAACACCGGCGACGAAGGAGCCCGCCGUCUCGCUGACGCGGCGAAGAGCGCAUAA